GCCGCCACCAUGGGUUUCGAGUUGGAUCGCUUCGACGGCGACGUGGACCCUGAUCUGAAGUGCGCCUUGUGCCACAAGGUCCUGGAGGACCCGCUGACCACCCCGUGCGGCCACGUAUUCUGCGCCGGCUGCGUGCUGCCCUGGGUAGUGCAGGAGGGCAGCUGCCCCGCGCGUUGUCGCGGUCGCCUAUCGGCCAAGGAGCUCAACCACGUCCUGCCCCUCAAGCGUCUCAUCCUCAAGUUGGACAUCAAGUGCGCGCACGCGGCGCGGGGCUGCGGCCGGGUGGUCAAGUUGCAGGACUUGCCCGAGCACCUGGAGCGCUGCGACUUCGCGCCCGCGCGCUGCCGCCACGCGGGCUGCGGCCAGCUGCUGCUGCGACGCGACGUGGAGGCCCACAUGCGCGACGCGUGCGACGCGCGGCCCGUGGGUCGCUGCCAGGAGGGCUGCGGGCUGCCGCUGACGCACGGCGAGCAGCGGGCGGGCGGCCACUGCUGCGCGCGGGCUCUGCGGGCGCACAACGGAGCGCUGCAGGCCCGCCUGGGCGCGCUGCACAAGGCGCUCAAGAAGGAGGCGCUGCGGGCCGGCAAGCGCGAGAAGUCGCUGGUGGCGCAGCUGGCCGCCGCGCAGCUCGAACUGCAGAUGACCGCGCUGCGCUACCAGAAGAAGUUCACCGAGUACAGCGCGCGCCUCGACUCGCUCAGCCGCUGCGUGGCCGCGCCGCCAGGCGGCAAGGGAGAAGAGACCAAAAGCCUGACUCUUGUCCUGCAUCGGGACUCUGGCUCCCUGGGAUUCAAUAUCAUUGGCGGCCGACCCUGUGUGGACAAUCAAGAUGGAUCCUCCAGUGAAGGAAUCUUUGUAUCCAAAAUAGUUGACAGCGGGCCUGCUGCCAAGGAAGGAGGCCUGCAAAUUCAUGACAGGAUUAUUGAGGUCAACGGCAAAGACUUAUCCCGAGCAACUCAUGACCAGGCUGUGGAAGCUUUCAAGACAGCCAAGGAGCCCAUUGUGGUGCAGGUGUUGAGGAGGACACCUCGAACCAAGAUGUUCACGCCUGCCUCAGAGUCGCAGCUGGUAGACACGGGCACCCAAACCGACAUCACCUUUGAGCACAUCAUGGCCCUGACAAAGAUGUCUUCUCCCAGCCCACCUGUGCUAGACCCCUACCUGCUGCCUGAAGAGCAUCCCGCAUCCCAUGACUACUAUGAUCCCAAUGACUACAUGGGGGAUAUCCAUCAGGACAUGGACAGAGAAGAGCUGGAGCUGGAAGAAGUGGGCCUCUACAGGAUGAACAGCCAGGACAAGCUGGGUCUCACUGUGUGCUACCGGACGGAUGACGAAGAUGACAUUGGGAUAUAUAUAAGUGAGAUUGACCCUAACAGCAUUGCAGCCAAGGAUGGACGGAUCCGUGAAGGAGAUCGCAUCAUCCAGAUUAAUGGCAUCGAAGUACAGAACCGUGAAGAGGCCGUGGCGCUUCUAACCAGUGAAGAAAACAAGAACUUUUCAUUGCUGAUUGCAAGGCCUGAGCUCCAGCUGGAUGAGGGCUGGAUGGACGACGACAGGAACGACUUCCUGGAUGACUUACACAUGGACAUGCUGGAGGAACAGCAUCACCAGGCCAUGCAGUUCACCGCCAGUGUGCUCCAGCAGAAGAAGCAUGAGGAAGACGGUGGGACCACAGACACAGCCACCAUCUUAUCCAACCAGCACGAGAAAGACAGUGGUGUCGGGCGAACGGAUGAGAGCACCCGCAAUGAUGAGAGCUCAGAACAGGAGAAUAACGGUGAAGAUGCUACGGCAUCCGCCAACCCGCUGGCAGGCCAGAGGAAGCUGACCUGUAGCCAGGACACCCUGGGCAGUGGCGACCUGCCUUUCAGCAAUGAGUCCUUCAUCUCUGCGGACUGUACCGAUGUGGACUACCUGGGCAUCCCAGAGGAUGAGUGCGAGCGUUUUCGCGAACUGCUGGAGCUCAAGUGCCAAGUGCAGAGCGCCAGCCCCUACAGCCUGUACUACCCUAGCAGCCCACUGGAUGCUGCUGGCAAGAGUGACCCCGAGAGCGUGGACAAGGAGCUGGAGCUACUCAAUGAGGAGUUGCGCAGCAUCGAGCUGGAGUGCCUGAGCAUCGUGCGCGCGCACAAGAUGCAACAGCUCAAGGAACAGUACCGUGAGUCCUGGAUGCUGCACCACAGUGGCUUCCGCAACUACAACACCAGUGUGGACGUGCGCCGCCAUGAGCUCUCGGACAUCACUGAGCUGCCGGAGAAGUCAGACAAGGAUAGUUCAAGCGCCUACAACACGGGGGAGAGCUGCAGAAGUACCCCACUCACCCUGGAGAUCUCUCCGGACAACUCCCUGCGGAGAGUAGCCGAGGGCAGUAGUGAAGGGGCCACAGCUAACAUCGAAGCUUACAGGCCAUCCCCCAAGAAUCUGCUCGCCAUCACUGAGGACCCUGAAGUAAGCACCCCAAGCUAUAACCCUAGUGCCAAAGAGCUGGACCCCAGCCAGGCUUUGGAGAUCAAAGAACGCCGAGGUAGCGAUGGCAGCAGGAGCCCCACCGCCAGCCCAAAGCUGGGCAAUGCCUACCUGCCCUCAUACCACCACUCCCCCUACAAACACGCGCACAUCCCAGCUCACGCGCAACACUACCAGAGCUACAUGCACCUGAUCCAGCAGAAGUCAGCAGUGGAGUAUGCGCAGAGCCAGAUGAGCCUGGUGAGCAUGUGCAAGGACUUGAACUCUUCUAACUCUGUGGAACCCAGGAUGGAAUGGAAAGUGAAGAUCCGCAGUGACGGGACGCGCUACAUCACCAAGAGGCCGGUGCGUGACAGGCUGCUGCGGGAGCGUGCGCUGAAGAUCCGCGAGGAGCGCAGUGGCCUGACCACGGAUGAUGACGCCAUGAGUGAGAUGAAGAUGGGGCGCUACUGGAGCAAGGAGGAGCGCAAGCAACAUCUGGUGAAGGCCAAGGAGCAGAGGCGGAGGCGCGAGUUUAUGAUGCAGAGCAGGCUGGAUUGUCUGAAGGAGCAGCAGGCCUCCGACGACAGGAAGGAGAUGAACAUCCUGGAACUGAGCCACAAAAAGAUGAUGAAGAAGAGGAACAAAAAGAUCUUUGACAAUUGGAUGACUAUCCAAGAACUCUUAACCCACGGCACAAAAUCGCCAGACGGCACUAGGGUAUACAAUUCCUUCCUGUCGGUGACUACUGUAUAACUCUCACUUGUGUACAUACGAGAGACCACUACCAUUGGGGUAGACAUCCCUGCCUCGUUCAAUGCGGCAAGUUUUUGUAUAUAUAAGCCCGGCCAUCAUGUUGAUAGUCUAAAUUUGCCACUCCUGCAACUUUGGGUGUCCUGGCUCUGUUUUCAGUGGAGGGAAAAUACACCCUUACUCUCUUAGAAGGCAAUAUUAACAAGCAGCUUUUUUUCAAAUAGCAAUGGUAAUUUUUUACUUGUUAACCUUUUUCAUAAAGUGUUUAAAUUUCCAAAAGAUCUUUUAUUAAGCAUACUUUCACAGAAUAAUUUGUUUAAACUAUAUUCAUAUAAAAGAAGGUUAAACACGCUUUUUUUCUGCCUAAAACACAAAAUGCAACUGCCAGUAUGUAUUUUUAAUGGGUCCCUAUUUUGUAAUGUCACUUCGCUGAAUGUGUUUCAUACAAGUCACCAUUCAUUCAUACAGCUUAUAUCAGUUGGGGUUUCAACACAAACCAGCCAAAGUCUGGUUGGUGAUUUGACACACACACACAUACAUACACACACACACACACACACUAACCAAACUAGCAGCAUUUCUAGUCGGGAUAUCCAUUUUUAACAUUUUUAUGGUUAAGGUUCCCAAGAAGAGUGUCAAGGUUUUAACAGAAAGCAAAAUUUCCUGCAGCUUUGUGGACGCUUAAAGCAUGUUUGCAAAUAUUGCCGCCUGUUGGAAGAAUUUGCAUGUACAGGGAAGUCGCGGAUGGAGACCUGUUUGUGGAGUUUUAAGUGCUCAUUGUUGUAGACCUUUGCUUUGUAGAUUGGAAGGGACAGACUUAACCAAGCAAGUUCACAGGAUCAUGAUUAGUUACAAACAUCAAGUAAAAUGAAGUUAAAAUAAAUUAUUAUUUUCUAUUUGACCUGCUC